AUGGCUAUCGUAUGUUUGAUUUUCAUGUGGGAUAUUCCAACUGUCCUCAUUACCACUCUAGUCAUUGCAAGCAUAAUGACAGGAAUUCUGGGAACUUUGUCAUGGACUGGAACAGAACUUGAUCCUAUUGUGAUGGCUGCAUUAAUCAUUUCAAUCGGCUUCUCUGUGGAUAUACCAGCACAUGUUUCCUAUCAUUACUAUAGCGCUGGUGCGCAUAUAGCACCUCCAAUCACUGCCAGACGUCGAUUGCACUAUUGUCUUUCCUCUGUAGGAUUUCCAGCGCUACAAGCUUCGCUGAGUACGAGUUUAUGUGUAUUGGCUCUCCUUUUAGUUACCAUAUACAUGUCGCAGGUUUUCGUAAAAACUAUGAUUUUGUGCAUGACACUCUGUGUAAUACAUGGCCUCGUUCUCAUCCCGUGCCUGGUCAGCCUAGUCGAUCCUGUUCUCGUCAGAAUUCAACGAUCUAAAAAAGCCUAG